UGUCAGUUUAUUGUUCAAGUUAUACUGCUUGGCAGUGAUGACCCUGAUGGCUGCAGCCUAUACCAUAGCUUUAAGAUACACAAGGACAUCUGACAAAGAACUCUACUUUUCAACCACAGCCGUGUGUAUCACAGAAGUUAUAAAGUUACUGCUAAGUGUGGGAAUUUUAGCUAAAGAAACCGGCAGUCUGGGCAGAUUCGAGGCAUCUUUAAGAGAGCACGUCUUGGGGAGCCCGAAGGAACUGAUGAAGCUAAGUGUACCUUCCCUGGUGUAUGCUGUUCAGAACAACAUGGCUUUCCUAGCGCUGAGCAACUUGGAUGCAGCUGUGUACCAGGUGACCUACCAGUUGAAGAUCCCCUGUACUGCUUUAUGUACCGUUUUAAUGUUAAACCGAACACUCAGCAAAUUGCAGUGGAUUUCAGUUUUCAUGCUGUGUGGCGGGGUCACACUUGUACAGUGGAAGCCAGCCCAAGCGACAAAAGUUGUGGUGGAACAGAAUCCAUUAUUAGGGUUUGGUGCUAUAGCUAUUGCUGUAUUGUGCUCAGGAUUUGCAGGAGUGUAUUUUGAAAAAGUUUUAAAGAGUUCAGACACUUCCCUUUGGGUGAGAAACAUUCAAAUGUAUCUAUCAGGGAUUAUUGUGACAUUAGUUGGCGUCUACUUGUCAGAUGGAGCUGAAAUUAAAGAAAAAGGAUUUUUCUAUGGUUACACAUAUUAUGUCUGGUUUGUCAUCUUUCUCGCAAGUGUUGGAGGCCUCUACACGUCUGUUGUGGUUAAGUACACCGACAACAUCAUGAAAGGCUUUUCUGCGGCAGCAGCCAUUGUCCUUUCUACCAUUGCUUCAGUGAUGCUGUUUGGGUUGCAGAUAACACUCACCUUUGCUCUGGGCACCCUUCUGGUAUGUGUUUCCAUAUAUCUCUAUGGACUGCCCAGACAAGACACUACAUCCAUCCAACAAGGGGAAACAGCUUCGAAAGAAAGAGUCAUCGGUGUGUGAUUUUAGCCUCAGUGAGAUUCCUGUUAAGACUAAACCAUCUGCUUAAACUAGAGCCUUACGUCGUUCCCAGAAGUUGCUUGAACAAACAACAACAAAUUAACUGUAUGGCCUAAGAAUCCGGAAGAACGCUAUCUGAGGGAAUUGCUCAUAUGGAGAUUGAGCGUGGACCUGUUUGGGGUCAGGUUGUAUUGUCUUAAAAUGAAGGAAUUCUGUUAUGUGUGUGUGUGUGUGUGUGUGUGUGUAUAAUGUAUAUAAAAAGUACAGAGAUGACACGGUGUUUAAAAAAUCAUGUGAGGCUACAGUGUUUAAGUUUCAGGGUUUGGGACAACGUCUAAGGGAUCAAGUGCCAAAGCCAUUUCUGUACUGACCGUUCAGGUACUGGGGGAAGGGUGGCGCCUCCUUGUUCUCAAUCAUGUAUAGUAUUUUGCCCCAGCAGCAGUAAACACCUAGCUCUUUUCUUACGAGAGAGAGGUCUCUUAGAAACAGGCUGAAGGUGUCACUUCUCAAACUGAACCUGCUCACAACGCGGCGACGUCUGGGUGACAAGAGUGCUCCUUUCGUGCUCUAUUUGUGGCAUUCGCUGUCUGGCUCAUAUCGCUUUGCUGUCAGAUGAUAGACUUUUCAAAAAAAUUUCUAAUGUCACUUUUGUACUUUUUUAAAUAAAGUAUGUUUAACUGUUGGGCUCUCAAUAAUUUGUGAAAUCAGUGUUUUUAAAAAAUUUUCUGUAAUGUUAAUGGGAAAAUUCAGCAAUAAACUUAUUUAUAUGAA